AUGUGUCGGUUUAUACGCCCGUUUAGUUUAAAAAUAGCUUCGUCGCUCCAAAGCACAGAACGAAAAAAUCCUGGAUCAGCUUCAGAACUUGAUGUGAUCAGUGACGACAAAGCUCUUCUAGAACACAUCUGCCAAACGGUCCAAAAGAGUUGUUUAGCGUGUAUAGAUGAAUACGGUAGUCAUAUUGAACAUACAACAUGUAUAAAUUAA